AUGCAGGAGUUGACGGAGAUCACCGCAUACAGACUCGGGCCUAUGCAUGAGGCCGAGUACCUCAGAAAGCAAACUGGGCUCCAGUUUCCAUCCAUCUUCGAUAUUGAGCCGAAGCAGUCACUUGUUAACAUGUCCGACAAAACGAUGAUCAUGAAAACAUGGCACCUGCUUCUAAUGCACAAAAUCAAUACAACUCCUAUUGGGAUAAAGCGACCUUAUGUCAAGCCUCUGCAAUAUCUCACGCUUGCUUUAGUGGAAAACCAUCAAUCCUGGGAACUGAUCGAGCAGCAGGUGAAGGCCAUGGCCGGCAAGAAAAUGGCUUGGUACCGGUUCAUCUAUCACGCAUGGCUGGGGAAUCGAGCGGCUCAUGAUGAAGGGGUGAGGAGCAAGAAAGGUGCUUUCGUGGAGGCAUGCAAGAAGACCAGGCAUAAGGAACUCCUAGGUUACCUUCUAUUACUCUUCUUCUUCCUUUUAUUCUUAUCGAAAAUCAUGGCUCUGUUGUCAAUUAUGAGGGCUGCUGCCUGGUAA